CGCCCUUGGAAUAUCAGGUAAGCCGCGACAGAACGUGGAUGACGUGCGGGCCGUCGAACAGCUGGAGCGCACCGCUCGUCUCGUCGACGGGCGCUGGCAAGUAGGCUUGCCCUGGAAGGACCCCAACUGUACGAUGCCGGACUCAUUCCCGAGCGCUCUGAAUAGGCUUAAAGGCAUCGAGAGGAAAAUGAGUCGAGAUCCUGGUUAUUCUAAAAGGUACUCCGAACGCGUGGAUCAUUUAUUAAAUAAUGAUUUCGCCACAGAACUGAAGGAAACUCAACGUACUCAAAGGACGUGGUACUUACCACAUUUCGGCGUUGACAACGUAAACAAAAAACGCUUGCGUCUGGUCUUUGAUGCUGCGGCCAAAUCGGAAGGGUUGUGCCUAAAUGAUUACCUGUUAAAAGGUCCGGAUUUACUUAACUCUUUACUAGGUAUUAUGUUACGCUUUCGCGAACAUAGCGUAGGCGUAACCGGCGAUAUAAAAGACAUGUUCUUACGCGUUAAGAUUCAACCCCAGGACCAGGACGCCCUACGCUUCUUGUGGAGAAGCAGGCCUACGGAACCAGUUAAGACAUACGUUAUGACUAGUUUAAUAUUUGGAGCAAAUUGCGCACCCUUUGUUCCACAAUUUAUAAAAAAUAAAAAUGCUUCGCGAUAUGAGUCGUCUAUGCCCGCCGCGGUCGACGCGAUCGUAAAUUCACAUUAUGUCGAUGACUAUAUACAGAGCCUCCCUGACGAAGAUACAGCUAUCCAAAUGGUUAAAAAUGUCACUGACAUACACAAAGCAGGUGGUUUCCAGUUAUGCAACUUGACAAGUAAUAGCAUCGCUGUUCUCGAUAGCAUUCCAAAAGAGACUUUAGGCACAGUUGCGGUAAAGUUCAAAGUCGGCCAGCAGUUCCAAGGCGAGCGGGCGCUUGGGCUUCUAUGGUUCCCAGGUAAGGAUGAAUUAGGUUUCGACGUCUCGCUUAAACGCAUCCCUGAUAGUAUAAUUCGACAUAAACAAAGGCCGUCAAAACGUAUUAUGUUACGCGUUAUUAUGUCGAUAUUUGAUGUAUUCGGGUUUUUAUCGCCUUUUACAGUACAGGGUCGAAUUAUGCUUCAGGACACGUGGCGUCUGAAUAUUUCUUGGGAUGAUGACAUUCCUGAUGGUAUUUAUAAAAAGUGGUGCGAAUGGAUCGAACUACUCAAGGUAGUUGAUAAGAUUCGCAUACCUAGAUGGUACCAACGCAGCGCAGGGAGUGGGAGCGCGAAGGAGAAUGCAUCUGCCGUCGCGGUCUGCCGCGUAGAUGGUCUACGCUGUCCCGCUACGAACGUUGUGACGCAAGCGAGUGCCUGCGCUGCGUCCGGCAUCAGUGCUACGGGUGCUACGCCGCCACAGGUGAUACAAAAUAAUAUUACAACUACUACUGAUGGUUAUACAAACCUAUCGUUACAUAUUUUUAGCGAUGCAUCUACUAAGGCAAUGAGUGCGGUGGCUUAUUUUCGCUGGAUAAAGGAUGACGAAAUAUACGUCGCAUUUGUAGCCCGUAAGUGUCGCGUCGCGCCGGUUAAACCCUUGACGGUGCCUCGUGCUGAGCUCCAGGCGGCAUUGCUGGCUGCACGUUUGGCGGACACCAUAAGAAGAGAACAUAAGUUAUCCGCCGCGCGCCGUUAUUUCUGGUGCGACUCGUCUACCGUGUUGCACUGGCUAAAUAAUAAUACGCGCGUCUACAAAGCAUACGAGGCGAACCGGUUGGGUGAGAUCGAUAGCCUUACGAAUAUAUCGGAGUGGCGUUAUGUGCCUACAAAAUUAAAUAUCGCCGAUAUUGCGACUAGAGAGGUUUUCAAUUACGAAUCUUUUAUGAAUGAGUGGUUUAAGGGUCUCCAGUUUUUGUACUCACACGAAAGGUCCUGGCCGCUUAACCUUUUUGAACCUGAGGCAACCGAGGUAUUUUCUGGGCACGUCACUGUAAACACACAAGAAAAUAUGUCGUGUAACUUACCCAUUCCAGAUCCGGAACGAUUUUCUUCUUGGCUUCGGCUACUUAGGUCAACGGCUGCUGUACUUAAGUUCAUAUUUAAAUGUAAGAAACUUACCCAUGACGACUGCUCAUUGAUGGCCCGGGCGGAGCUGUUGAUUUUAAAGCAGGCACAGAUGGACUCCUUUGCCAAUGAGAUCGCCGAUAUAAAAAAUGGUAAGAACAUGCAACGCGAUAGUAGGUUGUUGACAUUGACUCCAUAUUUAGGUGACGAAGGUCUAUUGUACGUUGGUGGUCGCAUUGACGCCGCGCAGGAUGUGCCGCUGGCGACAAAGAGGCCCAUCAUCCUUGACGGACGGCAUCCGGUGGCGCGACUCCUGGUGCGCCAUCUGCACGUCAAGGCCGCGCACGGGAACCAGGAGGCAGUAGUCAACGACCUCAAACAAAAAUACUGGUUGUUGAGAUUGCGUCCAACCGUCGAGAUGGACGAGUCAGAGUCGUCGAGGUUACCACUCAAAGAGGAGUGCUGCGCCGGUCCGCGGCACGCGUCGCUCCUGUGCCUAUUGUAG